AUGGGCAAAGGAGCAGCUAAGUACGGAUACAAGAGCGGGGUGCUGCCCCUCACGAGGAGCAUCCUGAAGAACCCAACCACGAAGCAGCAAUCCAUCAUCGCCAAAGUGAAGGCGCCCAAACCCAAGGGGAUCGAAGGAGUAGGGUAUGCACCCGGUGUGUUGCAUCCUAACGGAUCUCAUAGACAUCCUCCCCUGGUUAAGUUUAUUGAUGUGGAACAGUUGAUUGAAAAAACUGUGGCGGCUCCUAAGACGGUGCCCAAAAUGAAUAGUCCUGAACAAGAGGCUAGGGCAAAGAGAUCACAAUUGAGAAGAGAAUUUUUGACUAAGGCGUUUAAGAACGAGGAACAGAGGUUGCUUAGAAGGGAGGAGUUGCUCAAGGAGAAGGAGAAGAUUCUUGAAUUGGAGAAGACAGAGAGAGAAAAUAAAUUGUUGAAGGAGAAAUCCUCUGAUUUAACUAUACCCACUUUAGAGAACAUAUUGGAACAACCUUUAAUCAGAUGGAGGACCCCCGAGGAAAGGAAAAUCUUGCAAUUGAAGAGGAAGUUUAAUAGGGAUUUGUUGGAAUUCCAAACGAAAGAACGGAAGAUGGAGAAAUUGCUGAAUUUGUAUCACAUUGCAGAUGAAUUUAUUGUCACAGAGAAAAAACUAUUGCAGAAGAUUGAUGAAAUAUUCGAUGACAAGUAUAUUCAUGGACAUAGUAGAAUCUUGGAAAGUGAAAAAAGCAUUGAAAAGAGAAUCCUCGAGAAUGACAUUGGUGAUGCCAUCUUUGGUACACUGGGUGGUGGGAACUACGUCGGUAUGCCCAUGGUGAACGAAUUCCUCAAUGGAGAAACGAAGCAGUUUAAUGAUAAAGUGGAUGAGAAGAUAAGGGAAAAAAUACAAAGGGACCAACAAGAUACACAAACAAUCCAACAACAUUGA